GAUCACUGUCAUUCACAGAUCAAAGACUCACAGAUCAGUACACUACCUCUACUGGAAACACCAUGGUGACACAACCCUUCUGGGACCUUGGCGAACGGGACGUCGUGGUUGUCCCCGAAAAUCCGAGACCAAUAAUGGACACCCAGGAUCUGAUCCCCGAGGACGAAAUAGAUGCAAUCCAUGGCCGGCUCAACGAGCGGGGCGAUGCUGUGCAUGAAGCGCCGGAUGGAACCCCCGUGGCCGUGAAGAUCUACCUGCCGGCCAUAAUCGUGGUAUUCUUUGGGCCCCAGCCCUCAGCGCACGUCGCUGCCGUGAUAAAGCUAUUAGAGGCCCGCGCCGUCGUCUUUCGCGCGGAGAGCAUCGACAACCUGGUGGCGCUGGUCGAGGCCGCCAGGGACAAUAUCCACGGGAUAAUCCUGGCCGACCCACAGCUCAUGACGACCUACGGCGACGCUUGGAAGACCAUCAAGGAGCUCGCCAGCACCCGCAAGUACGGGUGGCCGUUCAUCCUCGCCGGCAACGCGACUCCCACCGCCAGAGCGGAGCGCAAGCAGGUUCUGAUCCGAGGACGUCCGGGGGAGACCGCCGAGCACGCCGCGGUGUGGCUGACCGAUAUCCCCAAGGCUGAUCAGAUUGCCAUCGAGGCCAUGAGCCCGAAUGACCCCCAGGUGAACUCGUACUUGCUCACGCCGACGUACACCGCGACCUCGGUGAUGCUGCACUCGGAGAAGAAGGGGGAGAAUGAAAUGCCCGUGCCCCUGGUCGGCUGGAUCGGCAUCGUCAACAACCCCAAGGGGGAGGCCAAGUGGAUUCUGCGGCUGUGCCAGCUGGAGUUCGGGUUCACGACCAGUCCUCCGCGCCGCUGGCCCGACUAUACCGUUUCCUUCGAGCCAAGUGAUGAUAUCGUGCCGGUGGAGUCGUCCAAUGCGGAGACCGAAGCCUAG